GCGGCGGCGGCGGGCGGGGCGGCAGGGGGUUCCCCCGCCCGCCCCGCCUUCGUGGCCCUCGUCGCCACCGCCUCCUGUCUGGAGGACGUGCCGCUGCCGCUGGGUCGCUGCUUCUCCCACACCCUGCCCCUCUCCGCGCCCGGCCCCCAGCACCGGGAGCUGCUGCUGCGGCACCUGCUGCGGGCGGCUGCAGCGGCCACACGCGCAGUGGCUGCUGCUGCUGGGGGUGCAGCUGCGACGGUAGCUAACGGGGAUGCUGCCUCGGUGCCCCUCUUGCAACAGCAGCAGCAGCAGGCGGGGCAGGUGCUGCCCGAUGGCGACGCUGCCGUCGCGGCUGCGGUGGAGGCGGCGGUGGGUCCGCUGGUGUCGCGGACCGCGGGUCUGCUGCCUCGGGAGCUGG